UCUUUCUCCAAUUUCAGUAGUGGAAAUGUCACAGACAUCAAGUGUUGCUAGUUCAGAAUGUGCACUUUCACCGGAGAGAACAAAAGAAAAACAAACCAACAAAGAUAUUGCCUCUGGAAAAGACUUGGUAAAUAUCGAAGAUUCUGCAUCUGAGCACAAGUUGACAUCCCAUUCCCUAACCCAUCCCUAGCUCCAUCCAUAUCCCAUAGGCCCUUGUCAGCUAGUUCAUUGCCUUCUUAACUAUUAAGGGAACACUUCCUUCUUACGUAAGACGUGAGCAAAGUUGGUUAGUAAUUUCUUUCAUUAUAUGUCCGACCUUUGCCCAUAUUAAUUACUUGCAAGGAUUGUGAAUAAUUUGGAAUGUUAUUUUCUUCAGCUGAUAAAGUAUGAGAUUUAUGCUUGUCGUAAACAUAGGGUGGUUAUUAUUUAAGGCAAUUCCUGAUUAUCCAGGUGGAAUAUCAAAUAUACUUUACAAAAUUGAUUUGCAUUAGUUGCAAACAAUCUGACUAGUCGGUGGGCUGGUUUAGAUGUGCUCACCUUUGUAGAGAAGAGGCAGGGUGGAAGAUUGUAAUUGACAUAGCACAACUUUGGAGACAGAGAGCAGUAAGUUUGAGAAAAGUUAGAUUCUCAGCCCUCAAAGUUCGACUUUUUCAAAUUUUCUGCCUAAACUGUUGUUUCUGAUUUGUAUUACAGUAUAGUUAUUACCAUAUAGGCAUCUCUGAGUGAGUUGUUACUACGUUAUUUUCAUUUGAAGCAUAUUUUGUGAAUGUCUGGCUAGUAAUUUUUAAUGUAUAACCUAUUUGAGAUGAUUGUUAUGUUUUGAAACAAAGGUGAUUGAGAAAGCUGUGAAGGUUUCAUAUCAUGAUUUUAAAGAAUCAUCGGCCCUCAAGAACCUCAAAUGUAGAGAGAAAAAUAUCUCAACAGCAGUGGGGUCGGGGCAACUUUACAGAAGGAAAAGUUCCUCACAUAAGGAUGGACAAUGGAGCUGCUAUUCAGGAAAUCUAUACCUUUGGAAGAAUAUUGGGACAAGGGAGCUUUGGAUUGGUCAUUGAAGCUACGGACAAGGAAACAGAAACUAAGUGGGCUAUUAAAAAAGUGAACAAAGAGAAGGCUGGAAGCUCUGCCGUGAAGUUACUUGAACGGGAGGUGAACAUUCUAAAAAGUGUGAAACAUGAACAUAUCAUACAUCUGGAACAAGUCUUUGAGACGCCUAAGAAAAUGUACCUUGUGAUGGAGCUUUGUGAGGAUGGAGAACUCAAAGAAAUUCUGGAUAGGAAAGGGCAUUUCUCAGAGAAUGAGACAAGGUGGAUCAUUCAAAGUCUUGCAUCAGCUAUAGCAUAUCUUCACAAUAAGGAUAUAGUACACAGAGAUCUAAAACUGGAAAACAUAAUGGUUAAAAGCAGCUUUAUCGAUGCUAACGAUGAAAUGAACUUAAACAUAAAGGUGACGGAUUUUGGCUUAGCUGUGAAGAAGCAGGGUCGAGGUGAGGCCAUGCUGCAGAGCACGUGUGGGACUCCUAUCUACAUGGCACCUGAAGUUAUCAAUGCCCAUGACUAUAGCCAGCAGUGUGACAUUUGGAGCAUCGGUGUAAUAAUGUACAUUUUGUUAUGUGGAGAACCACCCUUUUUGGCAAGCUCGGAAGAGAAACUUUUUGAGUUAAUAAGAAAGGGAGAACUACAUUUUGAAGAUCCAGUCUGGGAUUCCAUAAGUGAUUGUGCUAAAAGUGUUUUGAAACAACUUAUGAAAAUAGAUCCUGCUCACAGAAUCACAGCUAAGGAACUCCUAGAUAACCAGUGGCUAACAGGCAACACACUUUCCUCGGCAAGACCAACCAAUGUGUUAGAAAUGAUGAAGGAAUGGAAAAAUGACCCAGGAAGUGAUGAGGAAAACAUAAAAGAUCAAAAGAACUGGUCUAUUCAAAAAGAGUUGAAAGGUUACCAACCCAGCAGACCCGGUGGAAAUGUCCAGGAUGUCAAUAGCACUUCAGAUGAAGAGGAGGAAAAACAGUCCACUGCAUCUCCUGUGACCUGUAAGAAGGGAAAUAUGGACAACUUGGAUGUGAGCAAUUUAAGUUACACAUGUAGCAGACUCCUUCCAGGUGGACUCAAGGGAGAACCAGAGAAACAACCUGUGACUUCAAGCCAAGGAACAGCAACCAAAGGCGCUGCCAAAUCCACUGCCCUGCCUAGAACCAAGAAGAAACUCUGAGGUCCCCUCUAACGCUGCGUAGUACAACGCUGAAUAGUAAAGCAGAGCUGCUCUUUCUAGUGCUAAAGUGAGGGGAUAGGAGGGGAACAGGACAGUACCGUGCCGAGCUCUCAGCCUUUUCUGUCCUGAGCCCUGCCAUGUGUUUGCACCAGUUUUCGGUUGAAGCCAGUUAUCUCCAAAGCAGCCUGUUGCUAAAGGACAGCCGCCAACAGGCUUGACCGCGGGCUGCGGCUGAAAUCGGCUCGAGACGUUUCCGAGAGCUGUUUGAGAGGAGCACAUGCCCUCAGAGCAAGGCCGUGGGCAUCCUUGCUCGGUUUUACUUCAGAUUCUUAUAUUCAGGCACAAUUAUUUGUAGGGGAAAAUGAGAGCCACGUGUGGUAACGGAGGUCCCAAAUAAUUAUGUGCACUUUGCGCUAGAAGGCUCUGUCAGAAAAUUAUUAAUAAACUUGUCGUAGGUGUAACAGCAGAAGUGCCUCAGCCAUUCACGUGUGUUCUUGUGAUUGUAGGUUGCUGUAGAUUCUUUAAGACAGCUUAUUUUAAACCUAGAAAAACAGGAGAUUUUGUAACUGCUUGCCAUUAACUUGCUGCUAAAUUCCCAAUGUAUUGAUUAAAUCAAUAAAAAGCAGAUGU